CGCGCGCGGCGGGGGCGGGCUCAGGCCAGAGCGGAGCUGCAGCCUCGGAGCCGGACGUGUCCGCGAAGAUGGCGGGCCGGAGCAUGCAAGCUGCAAGAUGCCCUACUGACGAACUGUCUUUAAGCAACUGCGCAGUCGUGAACGAGAAGGACUACCAGUCUGGCCAGCAUGUGAUGGUGAGGACGUCCCCCAACCACAGGUACAUAUUUACGCUGAGGACCCACCCAUCUGUGGUUCCAGGAAGCAUCGCCUUCAGCUUACCUCAGCGAAAAUGGGCUGGACUUUCUAUCGGGCAGGAAAUAGAAGUGACAGACUUCCUUGCCAUGUUUCCUGCCUCUCCUAUCAUCGAAAGGCCUAAGCGCAUCCAAAACGUUGCUUGUGACUUAGCGCUUGGUACUAACAGUGGCUUGCACAUCAUCAUCUUUGAUGAAAUCGAUGCCAUCUGCAAGCAGAGAGGGAGCAUGGCUGGUAGCACUGGAGUCCAUGACACGGUUGUCAACCAGCUGCUGUCCAAGAUCGAUGGCGUCGAGCAGCUGAAUAACAUCCUCGUGAUUGGAAUGACCAACAGACCAGAUUUGAUUGAUGAGGCUCUCCUCCGACCUGGAAGACUGGAAGUUAAAAUGGAGAUAGGCUUGCCAGACGAGAAGGGUCGGCUGCAGAUCCUUCACAUCCACACAGCAAGGAUGAGAGGGCAUCAGCUACUGUCUGCGGAUGUGGACAUCAAGGAGCUGGCAGUGGAGACUAAGAAUUUCAGUGGCGCUGAGCUGGAGGGCCUGGUGCGAGCAGCGCAGUCCACAGCCAUGAACAGGCACAUAAAGGCCAGUACGAAAGUGGAGGUAGACAUGGAGAAAGCAGAGAGCUUGCAAGUGACAAGAGGGGACUUCCUUGCUUCUUUGGAGAACGACAUCAAACCAGCAUUUGGCACAAACCAAGAGGAUUAUGCAAGCUACAUCAUGAAUGGAAUCAUCAAGUGGGGCGACCCUGUGACCCGUGUUCUGGAUGAUGGAGAGCUGCUGGUCCAGCAGACUAAGAACAGUGACCGUACACCACUGGUUAGCGUCCUUCUGGAAGGCCCUCCUCACAGCGGGAAGACUGCCCUCGCUGCAAAGAUUGCAGAGGAAUCCAACUUCCCCUUCAUCAAGAUCUGCUCCCCUGAUAAAAUGAUCGGCUUCUCUGAGACAGCCAAGUGUCAGGCCAUGAAGAAGAUCUUCGAUGAUGCUUACAAAUCUCAGCUCAGCUGUGUGGUCGUGGAUGACAUCGAGAGACUGCUUGAUUAUGUCCCCAUUGGUCCCCGGUUCUCCAACCUGGUGUUGCAAGCUCUUCUUGUGUUGCUGAAAAAGGCGCCUCCUCAGGGCCGCAAGCUUCUCAUCAUCGGGACCACCAGCCGCAAAGAUGUCCUGCAGGAAAUGGAGAUGCUUAAUGCCUUCAGCACCACCAUCCAUGUGCCCAACAUUGCCACUGGGGAGCAGCUGCUGGAAGCUCUGGAGCUUUUGGGCAACUUUAAAGAUAAGGAACGCACCACAAUUGCUCAGCAAGUCAAAGGGAAGAAAGUCUGGAUAGGAAUCAAGAAGUUACUAAUGCUGAUUGAGAUGUCCCUGCAGAUGGACCCCGAGUACCGUGUGAGGAAAUUCUUGGCCCUCCUGAGAGAAGAAGGAACUAGUCCCCUGGACUUUGACUGAAGGACAGAGUGCUUACAACAGUGACCAGGGGAGGUGACCAAGGUGAAGCUGGCCUGGGAUCGUCACUCACCAUACCCAAGACACCGGACUCAGUGAAGCGUUCUCCACCCUCAGUGCCCUCGCCCUGCAUGAUUAGUGCGGCAAACUCCCUCGUGCUUUUUGAGACGGCCUAGUGUUUCCUGGACUGCUGUGCUUCCCGCCCGUGCUCGCUAAGGUGAUCCCUGCCUACGGGGAAGGCAGGCUGCACUUGUGCACUUUGCGCAUGCUGCGCUUCCUGCCACGCCCACCCUGGAAACACUUGGCCUACCAGAAGGUAGGCUUCCUGUGACCAAGAGCAAAGGUAGAGGCUCCGAGGGUUUCACUCAGCGCUGCGGAUCUGGUGAAACGGUUCCCUCGCAGAGUAGGUCACUAUCUUUGCCUCAAGAAGCAGGCUUUGACUAUCUGAGAUGCUGGUCUCAAUCGUUUUCAGAGAUAUUUCCAAAUUGCAAUCAGGAGAGCUUUUCUAAUCAGAAAUCAGAUCAUUCCUGGGGUGGCUGUGACAGGCCCUGAGCGUAAUUCAUUUGCUCUGUGGUAGGAGAUAGGCUAAUCAUUUAACAGCAUCACUUGGUAGAUGCUGUUAAAACCUUCUGAAAGACACAUACGGAAAGCUGUGCAUCCCUAAACAGAAAAAAAAAAAAUACUAAAAUAAUUUACAAGCCUCUCAGCGCUAAUUAGUGUCCAACUCUAAGUGGGUCAGCUCCUUAGGAUGACGUCAGAGGCUCAUUAGUGCCAUACUCUCCUUUUUCCUCAGCCUAAUGACUUAUAAUAAUUUAUCCUCCCCAUAUCUCAAGUGAUCAGUAACGUCUGAAGCACAUAAAUAAAACACUAUGAACUAGCAAAACAAGCCACCUCCCAACCCUCUCCCUCAGACCUUGACUAUCCAUUCCAGGGUCCUCAGCACACUUCUUCCAAAAGAGGAGGACCUCACCCCGCCUUUUGGAGGGUGGUUUGUCUAAUCAGUGGGUUAGAAGGAAUUUAAUUAGGUCGUCAUUCAUGGAGACGAGUCUUAGGGAGCGCGCCACUCUCCCCGCUGCUGCUUAAAACGUGAAGGCAGCCCUCAGAGGCUUGCUGCGGCAGGGCGGCUGGGCGCACCCCGUCUCCUGAUCUUGCUAUCUGUAUACUUUGUUUUGCGUUUUCAUCCCUGGCUUAUUUCGUGGCUUUGAAAGAGUGGACUGUGUCGUGAAGCUGUGAUUCCUGUGGCCAGUACCGUGCGUGGCUCCUGUCUGUCACCAUGGUCCCUGUUGUCUGCGGUCCUGCCUUUCUCCUCCCAAAGUCCUCCAUGGAGUAACUUAUGUUUCUUGUUCAGUGAAGUUAGUGUCUUGUGUUUUUGUCCAAAAUUAUAUUGAAAAAGAUAAAUAUUAUAUUGUGUAAUGCAAAUUGAAGGAAUGCAAUAAAGAGUAAAUAUACUUGAAA